AUUUUGGUGAUCAUAGCUUCUUCUCUUGUGAAGAUGCCCCCAAAAUCCUCCUCCCUCUUGCCUUCAGUGAAUCGCUACUCCCCUGGAGACAUGCAGUUCGCCAACCGUGUCACAGGUGUUAUCUACGGGGUGAUAGACUCUCUUAUGGACCGGGUGGCCAUAGCCAGUCUGGAGGACAGCCGCCAUGCCCCUAAGGCUGCAAACUGGAAGGCAGUGAAGACUUCUCGUCCCCGUCCGCAGGCUUCUCCACUCUCACCUGGCAACCAGGAAGCUCAACUCGUCGCUUCUGUCAACACUCUCAACACGUCUCCUGUUGCUUCGGCCUCAUCCUUAACACCGCCCACGUCGCGUUCCCAUUCGACCAAACCCCUGAACACGUCCUCGAGCUUGUUUACCCAGCAUAAUCCUCAUAUCAGGACAGACAACACAACUGCUGAAAUGUAUUCCGUCGCCGACGUGGACGAUACCGCCGGCUUCAUGGCUGCUGCGCGCGCCUGGAAGCCGGAGAGAGAAUACUUCACAACAUCCUCUCAGGCUGAAGAAGCAUCUGGCGAUAAGGAUGGCCUUGAAGAUAACUCUGGUGAUGCUUUUGCCCAGGACUACAACGCGAGUGCUGGCACUGACGACUUUGCUGGCACCCCAGGUGACGAUGCUUUCGAUGGAUUCGCUCCCCCCAAGUCCGAUGCUGGUGAUCUUGAAGCAGGAUCCGAGAUCCCGGAGGCAGCCACAGGUUGGGGCGGGGCUAGUGACACCGUGAAGCAGCGUGUUACUGUUGCCACUGUCAGCUGGCCCGUUACUCAGUCUCCCACGGAGGAAGAUCGCGAGAAUCUUACUACCUUUAAUUCUUGGGGUACUCCGGCUGCUCGGGACAAGCCCGCUGCUCGCACUCGUCGUAUCAUCAUCAAGGGUCUUCCCGCUGCCUGGUGUAGCCCUGCUAAGGUUCUGUCACUUAUGCACGGUGGAGUUAUCGACAGCAUUAAUAUCACUCCCACUGGCACCGCCCACAUCUUGUUCUGUGAAGCCGACGCGUGCAAGGCGUUCUAUGACAAGUAUCCCAACGGCAUCGGCCUGAAUCGGGACAGAAAGAUCACUGUGUUCGUUGAGUUGGGACAGGAGGUCGAUGUCAUCAGCUCCAGCCUUGAAUUCAAUCUCUCCGUUGGGGCUACUCGUGCCGUCCGGGUUGUUGGUGCUCACAUGAACGUCAGUAUGCAGCAGCUGGUCAAGUUGGCUACUUCCAAGAACGGAAAGCUGGAGAAGAUCAUUGACACCUACGUGCCUGGCGAAGCUCGUAGCAUCGUGUUUCGUUUCUGCAGUAUCGACGACGCUGUCCGCUUCCGUGCCGCAUUCGUUCGCGAGACUGAGUAUGAGCAGUGCAAUAUUCAGUAUGCGACUGACCCCUGCGAGGUCGCGACGGGCUACCAUGCGGACUAGGUGUCUGGGUGUUGUGUGCUUAUGGGUCCAGAAAAUCAUGAUCGUGAAUCUACUUUGAUACACGCGUCAUCUCAAAACCUCACCAUGUGUCCCAGGAAAUUUUUAUUUUGUCAUGUUGUAAAUCAGGAUGUUUUCAUCCGCUAAUCGCCC